UGCCUGAAUGGUCCUCUCUGCCUUCCUCUCUUGUGACAGAUGAUGGCUGAAGCCCAACUGUUUAUAUCACAGGAUGAGUUCAUCUGCGCGGUGUGUCGGGAAAUCCUGAGUGACCCUGUGUCGAUUCCCUGUGGACACAAUUUUUGUAUCAAGUGCAUCAAUAUCUACUGGGAUAAAAACAAAGAGUACAGAUGUCCUCAAUGUAGAAGGCGCUUCACACCAAGGCCUGAACUGCACAUAAACGCUGUGUUGAAUGAAGUCACCAAGAAAAUAAAGAAUACAGGACUCAGUUCUCCUCCAUCUAAGAAUUACGCCGGCUCUGGAGACGUGAAGUGUGAUGCCUGUACUGGGAAGAAGUUCAGAGCGGUGAAGUCUUGUCUGACCUGUAUGGCCUCUUACUGCAAGACUCAUCUGCAGCCUCACUAUGAUGCAGCUGCCUUGAAAUAUCACAAGCUGACUGAUCCUGAUGGAAAUCUAAAGGAGAAACUCUGUGCAAGGCAUCAGAAAAAUCUGGAAAUAUUUUGUAAAACUGAUGAGAUAUGUGUCUGCCCAAUUUGUGGAGUGACUGAACACAACAGCCAUCAAAUGGUCAAGCUGGAGACAGAAAGAAAAGAAAAACAGAAACAGCUGGGGGCAACAUGGAUUGAAGUCAGGAGGAGACUUGAGAUGAAAGAGAAGAAACUGAAGGAGACAAGAAGGACGGUGGAGCAGAUGAAGGAAGCCCCCAGGGGACUGACUUGGAAGAUCGGAAAACAAGAAAACAGAGAAAUAGAAAAUGCUGAAAAAGUCAUGGAGCAUCUAAGGACGGAGAUUGAGGAACUGAAGUGGAGAGACAAUGAGAUGAGGGAGCUUUCACAGACCAAGGACCAUGUUCACUUCCUGCAGCUUUUCUCAUUCCUCUGCGAUCUUCCUGCUGAUAGAGACUCACUCUGCUUCACUGUCAUUGCUGAUUUCUCUAAGAAGGAAUUGUCAUGUCUGAAGAAGAGUGGGGAGAAGAUCAGCCAGUGGGACAGCAAGACAAGGACUCCAUCAGCUCCAAUGUUCACCCUACAGCCUCUUGAACCUCAGAGCAGAGAGCAGUUUUUACAAUACUUCUGUCCACUCACAUUGGACAUCAACACGGCAAACAGACUCCUCUGUCUGUCUGAAGGGAACAAGAAGGUGACAUGGGAGUGGAAUGACUAUCCUUAUCAUCCUGACAGAUUUGACCACUGGUCCCAAGUUCUGUGUAGAGAGGCUCUGAUUGGGACUCGCCAUUACUGGGAAGUAGAGUGCAGUAGAGACUUAAUGAGGAUAGGAGUCGCAUAUAAAGGACUGAGCAGGAAAGGAGAGGGCUGGGAGUGCGUCCUUGGAAACAACGACAAGUCCUGGUGUUUGCUGUGUUUUAAUUCCAAGUAUUUUGUGUGUCACAAUAACAAGCAAACUAUAAUCAGUGCCCCCUACAGCCCCAGAAUAGGUGUGUAUCUGGACUGGCUUGCUGGCUCUCUGUCGUUUUAUAGCGUGUCAUACACAAUGACCCUCCUGCACAAGUUCAACACCUCCUUCACUGACCUGCUGUAUCCAGGAUUUUGGCUUGGCUCAUACUCCUGUGUAACAAUCAGCCAUCUGACCAGUACCCUCUAGUUGGCAUUUGAAAAAGUAUACAGUUCAUUAUAAAAGAAAUAACAAUAGAAAUUAAAACAAAAGAAUAAAACACCUGUAAGAAGGCACUUUAAAUAUUAUUACUAAACAAAAUUUAAGUUUAACUGAAUUAAGAGCAAAACAGGGUGACACAAUCACACAGUCACAUAACUUUCAGAGCUGACAGAUAAGCUGUUUGUUUGGUUGUCAAACUGCCCCCUCUAGUGGCCGCUCUCAAUAUUACAUGCAUGGCAAUGUGUAGGAGGAAAAAUUUUGGUUUUAUGUUAAUUUUAAUUAAUCUUUUUUUUUAAUGAUGGUGAAGCGUUUACAAAAUAUAAAGCCAAUAAUUUAUUACAGUUUGCAAAAUAAACUCAUAAGGGUAUUUGGUGAUAAAACAAUAAGGACAACUGAUAUUUGUCAAAUUUGUUCAUUUGUAAAUAUUACUGAUCAUAUCUCACGUGUUGCAUGUUCUAAAGAUAUAACACUCCAUAUUGAUGAUCCAUUUCUUAAUAGCGUUGGAAAAAUCUAAAUAUGUUUUUUUAUUUUCUCACUUUUUUAUCUUUAAGA